AUGGCUCAUAGACUUUUGGUUAACGUGAUAUUCACUGGUGCCUCCGUGUUUGGAAAGGCAUUCACUGAAGCUUACAAGCAAGCUGCUAAGGCUACAGCUACUUCUUCCCAAGCUAAAGCCGCUGGCGCCACCAAAUCAGCAUCAGUUGGAGGUAUUCAACUUGAUGAAGCAUGCAAAAUCUUGGACUUGGAAAGAGCCGAUUUAACUCUUGACAAGGUUGAUGAAAAGUACAAUUAUUUAUUCUCUGUGAAUUCUAAAGAAAAGGGUAACUCAUUCUAUUUACAGAGUAAGGUAUUUUAUGCUAUGGAUACCUUGAAGAAAGAGUUGGAAUAUGCUGAAAAGGUGCGGAAAAUGAAAGAGAGUAAGGGGGAAAGUGGCGGAGAAAGUGCAUAG